AUGAAAAUUUAAAAGAAAUUAAAUAUAAUCGGUUUUAAAAAUAAACAAAGCAGGCUCUAGAAAUGUUUAGCUUUUAAAAAAAACAGUUAGAAAUAAUUUUAAACAUUUGAAAUUUCAAUAAAUUUACUUGGUUUAUUUGAAAUAAAUAUAAUUUUCUAUUCAAACCAGCCAGGUUAUUAGGUAACAUAAAAUGGAGAUUGUGGUUCAAACAGCUAAAAUGAUAACUGCCUUGUUUAUGAUGAAUAUGGAAACUGUACUCUCUGCAAUGAUGGGUAUUAUCCUAACUAAAAUGGUUGUUCUAACUAAGAUCUUUGCUGGUUAAAGUUAGAUCCUGUUACUAAUUCUUUAUUUUGUAGUGAAUGUAGAUAAUAAACUGACAAAUAAAUUGCAAAGAUAAACUAAGUUUGUUAAGUUACUAAUAAAAGAGAUAAUUGCGCUUAAUAUGUAAAUACAACAAGUUAGUAUGGUUAAACAUAAGCUGUUUGCAUAAGAUGCUAAGAUGGUAAAUAAAUUUUUUGA